AUGACACUGCCCAACAGUGAGAAGAGAUGGAUGUGUUACUGAAGGUGGCAAUCCAGUUACCCAUAUUUUGCCCACACAUCAACCACAACCCGACCCGCGAACGUUGUUCCACGGAGCUACGUUUUUCGCAUUGGAACAACGCCAACGCAGAGAAGUUCAACCAGCGCCGCCGGACGCUCCAUGAAAUCGAAGAGGAAAUUUGCCGCACUCGCCGCAACAUCGCCGCAGAUAACAUCAUUAACACUGUCACUACUGCCGCUGUUUCCCCCACUUCCGAAACUUUUAAAUCUCUCGGAACCCCCUCUGCACCGUCGCAACCUUCUAUUCUGGGGAAAAAAUCGAAAUACUCUAAACCACCUCCAAAACCGAAGUCCUUGCUUGAUUGGCAUCCCGUGGUUUCACGAGUCGAGAGACUUGAGUUUCAACCGGGGCCGGAAAAUGUGAAAAUCGGUGAGGAUGGAGUGUCUUACGUGGUCGAAGGCGCACCGUUCGACUUCAGGUUCAGUUACACGGAGACCCCGAAAGCGAAUCUGGUGAAAUUGCGGGAGCCGCCAUUCGCACCGUUUGGACCGCCAACCUUGCCACGGCCAUGGACAGGGCGGAACCCAGUACCGCCGAGCCAGACAACUGUGAGGGAGUUCCACUUGCUCGAUCCGUCGCCAUCAGAUGAGAACGGAGCUGAACUAGUCCGUUUGGCCAUGCCGAUUUGGGAGUCGAGGGAGGAGGUGUUGGGAGAACCGUUGAGUAAGGAUGAGAUCAAUCGCUUAGUUAAGAGGGCGGAGAAAUCUUCGCGCCAACUACAUAUUGGCAGGGAUGGUUUGACACAUAACAUGUUGGAAAACAUACAUACAUAUUGGAUGAGGAGCACUGUGUGCAAGAUAAAAUGCAGAGGAGUGUGUACCGUCGACAUGGAUAAUGUGUGCCAGCAGUUAGAGGAAAGGACUGGGGGGAAAAUCAUUUACCGACAUUUUGGCACAGUGUACCUUUUCAGGGGGAGAAACUACAGCUAUGAAACACGACCACAAUUUCGUCUUAUGUGGUGGAGACCAGUGUCUCCAGUAUAUCCUAAGCUGAUUAAACGAGUUCCAAAAGGUUUAACACUUGACGAAGCAACUGAAAUGCGUCAAAAGGGAAGGGUCUUGAUGCCCAUCCGCAAACUAGCAAAAAAUGGUGUAUAUUGGGACCUUGUGACUAAUGUCAGAGAGGCAUUUGAACAAUGUGACCUUGUGCGAAUAAAUUGCCAAGAACUAAAUACAAGUGACUAUAAAAAGAUUGGAGCAAAACUAAAGGAUCUAGUUCCAUGUAUAUUGCUUUCAUUUGAAGAUGACCACAUACUUAUGUGGAGAGGACCAAAUUGGAGGCCCUCUUUACCAAAUCCCAGAGAUGAUGACACAAAAGCCACUAAAAUUAUCGUUGACAGUGGAAAUUCCAAUAAAUUGACUCUAGGUGUCCGAAAAUUAUCAGCGACGUGUCUACAAAACAAUAGAACUGAGCAUCUAUGCAGUGAACCUCUUGACACAAGGAUUUUAUCUAAUUCAGAUAAUUUGAGUUUGCACAAAACUGUGCUUUGUCUCACAGAAAAUAGCAAUCCACCUGUGUCUGAUGUUUCUGGUGCUGCUUCACUCCCUAUGAAAACAUGUGAAGUUGAAAUCACAGAAGAUGUCAUGGCCUUUUCUUGCACACCACAAAUGGUACCGGGUACCAAUAAAAGUUCUGCCAGCAUUGUAGCAGAUCCUCAUUCAAACAACUUUCUUGAUGGUUCAGAAGCAGAUGUUUGUGAGCCAUCAAGUUGUGCACCUUGUACAGAAGGACUUUUAUUGCUGUUGGACCAAGCUGUUGAGCAAGGCUGUGCUCUUGUUUUAGAUGAUAAAUUUUUGGAUGACGACUACAUUUAUCAAACCACUAUGGCUUUUUCUAAAUCAACUCCACCUGAGCCUCUUUAUAAACUGUCAGACAGGUUAUGAUAGUAAGAAGUCACAAGAUUUGAAGAGUCAGAAUCCUUGUAAGUUCUAUCUCAAAUUUCUAUUUGUAUUAGUCAUUUGUUUUCUGUGCCACUAGAGUAGGUUAUCUAUUUCCACUUGUAUAAAAGGUGUCUAAUAUAAACAUUUUGGAAAUAACACUACUCCUUUAGUACAUA